ACAGUUGAAAGUAAUAGAAUGGCUCAUAUGAUUUAUAAUAAAUUAGUUUUGGUACUACGAAACCUUGGUUUAAUAUCGAUUCAAUCUAUUCGUACAUCAUGUAAAUUAAAUAAUACAUCUAAAUUAAAAACAUUUUCUAUUUAUCGAUGGGAUCCUGAUGAACCAGUAAAAAAACCAUAUAUAAAGAAUUAUCAAAUUGAUUUAAAUAGUUGUGGUCCUAUGGUAUUAGAUGCAUUAAUAAAGAUAAAAAAUGAAAUUGAUCCAACCUUAACCUUUCGACGAUCUUGUCGUGAAGGGAUUUGUGGAUCUUGUGCAAUGAAUAUAGGUGGAACAAAUACCCUUGCUUGUAUAAGUACUAUAGAUUCAAAUUUAAAUAAAACAAUUAAAAUAUAUCCAUUACCACACAUGUAUGUAAUCAAAGAUUUAGUACCAGAUAUGAGUAAUUUUUACACACAGUAUCGAAGCAUAACACCAUGGCUUCAAAACAGUAAUAUUGUUGAAAUAGGAUCAUAUCAGUAUUUACAGAGUAUUCAAGAUCGUAAGAAACUUGAUGGAUUGUACGAGUGUAUAUUAUGCGCAUGUUGCAGUACAUCAUGUCCAUCAUAUUGGUGGAAUGGUGAUAAAUACCUUGGACCGGCUGUGUUAAUGCAGGCCUAUAGAUGGAUUAUUGAUUCAAGAGAUUGUGCAACACUAAAGCGAUUAAACAAGUUGAAAGAUCCAUAUUCAGUUUACCGAUGUCAUACAAUUAUGAACUGUACACGCACCUGCCCAAAGGGUUUGAAUCCUGGAAAAGCCAUUGCUGAAAUUAAAAAACUAUUGGCUAAAAUUAUUAAAAAAGAAAAGCCUAAUAUGGAUACAACUAGUUUAUAUAAAUAA